CUCGCCCACUUAAUUACAUAUGAGCAUUGGUCCCAAUUGCGGCCUAUUCGUCCACUUGUAAUGUGCAUUGCUUUCUGUGUAGCAAUUUCCCGAGGGCCAUGAAGGCAUCUUGCGACCACCUCCAGGAUUUCCCUGCAAUUGUUGCGUGAGGCCUCUCUGCCCUGCAAUCUCCCUAUUGCGACUAUCCGCGCGACUCUACUCUCUAAAUAGAUACCUCAACAACCACGAUCCAUGCUCACCAACGACGGUUUUGUUGCUUCCAACAUGAGUGGAGAAGGGAGCCUGCAGCGAUCUAGCUGGAAGGCAGAUGCAAUCCGCCGUGGAGAUCUGAAGAUAAGCGGGCCCAUCCCCAUCACAGAAGAGACGCCGCUCAGCGAGGACGAGGAGAGGGAAUUUGCAGAGGCCCAUAAGGCGAAGGAAUCCCCACCCUCGAAUGAUGUCCUUCCGAAAUCUCCACUGCCUCAGCAAGCAAUUGCUGAACCUCGGGUGCACCCAAAUCCUCAACCCAGUGUUCAUAAUGAAAGCCUGCACGCCACUAUCUCUGAUCUAGGAGACGGCCAUGCAUCCACUCUCCAAACCCACAACAGCAACAGCAACGAGCUUCCUGAGCAAAGGACAACCCCCAUUUCCGGACGAGGUACCAGUAACGCGCAAAGACAGAGUUCUGUAGAACCUACGUAUUACAGCACUCCGAGCCCAUUUCCCUCUAUUCCUGGAGAAACUUCGCCGAAGAUGACGGCUGCGAAGAAGAAGCGGAAAAGCGGUCUUCGCAAUGUCUUUCGCAAGAUGUUUGGUAGGAAGAGCAGAGACGAGCAUGACCAUAUUGAAGAGGAGGAGGAAGAUACGUCCCGCAGGCAUACGUAUCAUCGGAGCGAUCCCGGCAUUCUAACCAGCUCUCCAAAGCCGCAGCAAGAGAAACCGUCUACUGCGAGGAUAUCUGAUCUUCCUGUUCAAGAUCUCCAGCCAGUCAAUCCCUUGGGCCAGCACCUCCCCUUCCCAAUGAAUGUCAACGCGCCACAGGAAUCGAGUCCGACGCAACAGUAUCUGACUUUCGAUAUUCCCACUCCUGAUUUGGGCCGCCGGAGAGCGACCUUACCGAGUCUGCUUCUCUCGCAAAGCGAAGCGCACGCACUCAAAGCAGCCAUCGGCGGCUCCGUAGAGAGACUACCGAGUUGGGACGAACGGCUCGAUGCAGAGUCAUUGACAUCGCCCCAGAUAGGAAUUGCGCUAUCGAGUCCACCGCCACCAGCAGCAGUACCAGCAGGGCCACGAGCACCACAUGGCGCUCAGUCUGUGCAAGCGAAGCGACGGUCGCGAAGCGCGGGCGCUUUACGCGAUUUGGCCAAGGCGCGACCCUCGAUUGAGCGAAGACGAAGCGCCGAGAUUCGAUAUUGGAGAGACAGCUACCAGACUGGAAGCAUUUACAGCACAGGCACAAGACCGCAAACCGCGAAGACUAUUGACACUGUUCGCACGGCCGACAACCAGCAGGCUAUCACCACCAGAUCUCCGGAACCCACUCUGCAGACGGUCGCGGCCCACCAGCCCACUGUCGUCCAGCAACAACAUGCUCAGGACCUUAGUGAGAUCCCGAGUCCAUCGGAGUCCUUCCACUUUGGAGACCUGAAAAGCGGAUUCUCAGAUGAUGAGCCAGAUACAGAGGAGCCAGAGAUCCCUCCCCGAUCAGAAAAGCGCCUCUCCAUCGAGGACCGAGUCAAGCAUCUUGAAGAUAAUAUGCGCGAUCUGGAGACAUCAGUCCGCCGCAUAUCUGGCCGAAGCAAUCGUCAGACGAUCGUUCUGGAGAAUGUACCGAAAGGACGGCGCUCGCGCAAUAGGAGUUCAUCCGCAACAAGCCGUCAUUCGAGCAGAAGCAACGACAGAGCGGUGAGUGGCCACUACGACGGACCUCCUUCGCCGACCAUUGCACCGCUAUCUGCAGUGGAUGAGUUCCCCAGCUCUACGAGUCGCCAGACGGUCAUAGUCGACUCUGGCCCAUCGUGGAGGCCCUCAACGGCGCAGCGUAAUGACAUAGCGGAGCAACUUGCAGCGGUCCAGGCGUCCCUCAAGCACGAACGCUCGGCUCGAAAGACCCUCGAGUCGCAAGUUUUCACCCUUCAGCGUGAUGUCGCCAAUCUGCAAGCCAUGCUUCACAAAUUCAUGAAUCAGAGUCCCUCCUACCCAACUCCCUCUCCAGACAACGUCGUGACGAGCAACGAGGAGCGCCUAGCGACUCCGCGCGCCGGCCCCGAGCAAGGAUUCAGGCUCGACACUGCUCCUCGUUCUCGCAACCACACCUUCACUAGCCAUCACACGCACAGCAGCAGCGAAAUCGGCAACUACAGCCUGAGUAGCAGCGUGGACGACGUGACAAGCCCCGAAGCGUGGAUGACGCCCAAGGAAGAGAGCGGGUUCGGAAGCGGGUUCUUCCACAAGAACAAGAGCAGGAGCAGCAUCAACGUUGCCGGGCCCAAGGCGGUCGAUGGCGAGAUGUUCUAAUGCGCAAGUCGCAAAUCGCGAGCUGCAAACCCCCUGUACGCUCUACGUAUGUGUAUGUGUCUGCGUGUGCUGGCAACCUCUUUCGCAGACGAUGGAUGGAGCACGAUGCUAUGCAACGAAAACGAGCCGCCGAAGCUACGAGAUGGAGCUGGAUUGAGAGCUCUUUCCCCACCACCCUGACCGAGCAUAAUUUUCAAUAUCUCUUUGAUUCUCUGCCUUUACCAUUUCGUUCUCUUCAAAAACAUAUUUUCCUUUUCCUGUUGCAAGCUAGUCUGUUUAAUAUCAGCCCUGGCAUUUUUCCAGUGUGGUCUUUUGG